AUGAAAUUUUUUACUGCUUUAAUAUUUUUGACUAGUACUAUAUCAUCAACAAUGGCAAUGUGUGGUUGUAGGCCAUAUCCAGUAGCACCAUGUGCUCCACAACCAAUUCAAUUAUGCCCACCAUUACCACCACCAGUGCCAUGUCCACCACCAGUACUUUGUCCACCAACAUUUUGUCCUCCUCCACCACCAUGUCCUCCACCACCUCCUCCACCACCAAUGCCAAUUUGUCCACCACCUCCACCACCAUUGCCAUGUCCAAUGGCUCCACCAUGCCCAAUGUUACCACCACCACCUCCAAUGUGUAACAAUUAUGCUCCUGCUCCAGUUUUACCUGUUUAUCAACCAGCACAAUAUAUUGUUCCACCAACAAAUGAUUGUUGUUGUAACUGUGGAAUGCCAUGUAGAUAUAGAGUUAGAGCAAGAACACAUGGUUCAAAAAUAUUUACAUCAGAAGAUGCUGAAGCUAUUGAAAAUCCAGAUCCAACAUGUAACAAUGAAAAACUUCGUGCAGUUAUUGAAGAUAAUAUUGCAAAAGAUACAUCUGUCUCUAAAAGAGCUAUUCAAAAAGCUGCAGAAGAAAAAUUAUUUGCAAAAUUCAAUGUUAUUUGUGCUAAUGGAGAUUUUACAUAUGUUGCUUAUACUGAUCAAUAUUGUCAAGCAUCAGUUGGUGAUAUUACUUGUUAUGCCUUCAGACCAAUUGAUCCAACACCUGAAGAAAGUAACAAUAAAAAGAAUAGAGAAUAA